UGCAUCAACAUGUUCUUGAACUGCAUAAUGGCUAUAAAUGCUCUGUGUGCGAUAAACGAUAUCGUGCACAACUACAGCUCAGAAAACACUUACAGACUCAUACAGCCGAAAAAGUACAUAUACCUUGCCCCAUGGCAGAAUGUAGACGAACAUUCAGGAAUCAAAGAAAUCUUGAUAGUCAUCUUGAGGUCCAUACAAUGGAAUGUACUUUCGUGUGUGAUAUUGAAAAUUGUGGUAAAGCUUUUCCCACUCAACGUCGACUAAUAGCACACGUACGUACACAUAAGAAACGACACAUAUGUGACAUUUGCGGCUACAGAUGCCGAUCAUACGCGACAUUAGUUAUACACAAACGUGUCCACACGGGAGAGAGGCCUUUUUCGUGCGAGGUGUGCGCAAAAUGUUUCAUUUCGAAGUCAGCCUUAAGUGAACAUAAAUCAUAUGUCCAUGUCAGCACACGCUCCCAUGUGUGUCAGAUUUGCGAAGCUACAUUUACCAAUUUUAAAUAUUUGAAACAGCACAAAUUAUUACAUACCACUGAUAGAAAUAACAAGUGCAAUUUGUGUGAUAAAGCAUUUAAGACCUCACGCGGCUUAAAGAGUCAUAUGAGCUAUAAUCACAGCAUGGUAAAUGUUAAUCGAGAGUUAAGACAGAAAAAUUCAUGCAAGACAAAGAAACAACCUAAAACUGAGAACGCCAAUGAAAGUGUUGUGGAAACCCCUAACGAACAAGAAUUUGCAUGUGCCGAAUGCAAGGAUUCAUUUCCAAGUAAAGAAUUGUUUGAUAAACAUAUUUUGGAACAGCAUAACGAAGAACAACAAAAACCAAGUGAACAAUUGGACAACGAUAGCAAUGAAAAUAAAAACAUUCCAUGCCCCAGGCCAGAAUGUAGACGAACUUUUGCUAAUGAAAAAAAUCUUAAUCGUCACCUGGAGUUGCAUACAUUGGAAAGUACUUUUGUAUGUGACUUUGAAAAUUGUAGCAAAGCUUUUCCAACUAAAGCCCGACUAAUAAUGCAUCGGCGUACACACAACAAACACAAUGUAUGCGAUAUUUGCGGCUAUAGAUGUCAUGCUUAUGCGACAUUACUUGUACACAAGCGUGUACACACCGGAGAGAGGCCUUUUGCUUGUGAGCUAUGCGAAAAACGUUUCAUUGGAAAGACACGCUUGCUGGAACACAUGGCUGUACAUGCGACCACACGCUCCCAUGUGUGUGAGAUUUGUAAAGCCUCAUUUACGAAUUUUAAAUCUUUGCGUCGCCACAAAUUAACACACACCAAUGAAAGGAACUAUAAAUGCAAGUUAUGCGAUAAAGCAUUUAAGGUUUACAAUGGCUUGGAUAAUCAUAUGAGAUGUAUGCAUCGCGCACCUAAAGCCCCGAACGUUUCUGAAGUCUUAAGUAGUACUGCUGAAAAUUUUGAAGAAUUCACUCUCAAACAAAUUAAGCAGCCGGAAAAUUCCCUUAAAAAGGAAUUGAAAUGUAAAGUAUGUAAUAAAGCUUUUAAGCGUCUCAAUGGCUUGGACAUUCACAUGAGACGUUUUCAUGGAGAAACUGAUUCUUCAAUAGCUGAGAGUUAUGAGAAUUCCGAUAAAAAGAAAUUUAAAUGCAAUUUAUGUAAUAAGAAAUUUACGUCUUUGAUUCGUCACAAUUUAACACAUACCGAUGAUAGAAAAUUUGAGUGCAAAUUAUGUGAUAAUAUUUUUAAAACGUACAAUGGCUUAAACAGCCAUUUGAAACGUAUGCAUGGAUAUGCUGAUACCGUGCAAGCUAAAGACAUAAGCAAUGCUGAGAGUUGUGAAGAGUUAAGUCGAGACCUGAUUAAACAUACCAAGAACAAUUUACCAACAAUGUUAAAGAUUUUACCGGCUUGCAAUCUAAACCAGCAAACAAAUGCAAAAUGUGGAGAGAUAUUCUGUCACAGCUUUAGAGAAUUUACUAUUUAUUGUUGCUUUUGUAAUAUCAAAUUAUUUGCUUUCGAAGAUUUCCACUUGCACAUACAAAAUGUACAUUUUGAAAAUAAUUUACUGAAAACCGAAACGAUAACAAACAUUUGCAAUGAAUUUGUGAAAGCUGAGUUUAAGGGAGACAACAGUGCUGUAGGAGUCUCUGAAAGUGUUGGUCUUUCAUAUGAUGAAGAUUCCUGUGGUUAUGUUGAGGAUGGUAGCGAUGGUGAAGAAGAAAUAAAAAAGGUGUUAAGUGAAACAGUAAAAAAAGCUCCAAAGAAGACAAAAACUAAGAUCGAUAUUAAGAGCGGCGUAGAAGAAAUCCAAUCUAAUGGGUUGUUGCUACAAAAUGCUCCUAAAAAUGAAUCAGUUGUAGACCCAACCUCUAAACAAAACAAAAUACAUAAAGAUCAACAUUUUCCUUGUCCAGAAUGUAAUGUGCUAUUCCCACGUAAGAUAAAUCUUGAUAAGCAUGUUUUUGAACUUCAUUGCGGUUAUAAAUGCUCCAUGUGCGAUAAACGAUUUCGUCACCGACAUCACCUGAGACGUCACAUACAGACGCACAAUGCCGAAAGGAAAUUUCCCUGUCCCAUGGCAGAAUGUAAUCGAAGUUUUACCGAUCAGGAAUAUCUAAAACAUCAUCUUGAGGUGCAUACAAUGGAACGUACAUUUGUGUGUGACUUUGAAAAUUGUGGCAAAGCUUUUCAAACUCAACGCCGACUAAUGUCACACAAUUAUACGCAUUGGAAACCAAAAAAGUUAGUGUGUGAUAUUUGCGGCUAUAGUUGUCGCGCCUAUGCUACAUUGCAUAUACAUCAGCGUGUACACACGGGAGAAAAACCUUUCGAUUGUAAGGUUUGCGAAAAAAGUUUCUCCUCGAAAACUGCCUUGACGGAACACAUGUAUACACAUUCAAGCACGCGGCCAAAUGUGUGUCAGAUCUGCAAGGCAACAUUUGCCAAUCAGAGAACAUUGCAACGCCAUACAUUUAUACAUUCUGAAAUUAAAACAUUUAAAUGCAAAUUAUGUGAUAAAUCAUUUAAGCAGCCCAAUGGCUUAGAUGGUCACAUGAGACGUUUGCAUCGAGAACCUAAAACCAAUAAUAAAGUUGAUAAAGCAGAUUAAAAGGUUUCAAAACAAUCCCCAUUAAUAAAUAAAGAUGAAUUGAAACAAG